UGAACAGUGCUACUGCACACGAUUAGACCAAGGAUACCCGCGAAGGUGAACGCAUCUCGUGAUUUUAUCUGUAUUCGGAAACUUAACAAAUAAUAUGAUAUCGGAGAGAGUCGUGUUUUAUCAAGUAGAUACUUCAAAUAUACCGGAGAAAUCGAUUUAAUAUUGCAAAUUAUAUCUUAUUUUGGAGAUGAAAAAAAGUUAUGUGCUAUUUAUAAAAUUUAACAGGAAUUUCCAUGUGUUUUUCCGCGAUCUAUGGUAACCCAACUGUUACUUGAUGUUGGGAUCCCAUAACACCUUAUCAACUCUGUGCAUCAUUGUGUUUCAGGUGAUGCUCAAGCCACAACGUGAUUCGUUAUAAACACAUCUGAUUUCCUUCUGAUGUGUAGAUAAAGCAUAAUGGCGAGUCUGGCAGAUGUUUUCACUGAGAAAGAAAGUACCAACUGGCUAAAGGCAUGGUUGGCAGUGGAUAUUGCAAAGUCUGGCUUAGAUCAUUUCGCAGAGAACGAAGCUAAAACUUUACAUUUGAAUAUAUACAACGCUGUCUGGUCAAGUGUUAUGGCACCAGCUGUUUGCUUUGGCUGUAACACCGCAAACUUGCUGAACUGCCCGACACGAGGAGUAUGCGAUAAACAAGGCGCAAACAGCUCAUGUAAGGCUAUGCAUGAUACCGUGACAAAUCAACCACGACCGUGCCCUACUAACGUGUGUAAUAAAGUUCUCGAUGAAAUAAAAAAUCUGCACAGAUUUGCCCGUCCUUCGUGGAAAAAUACAAGGGCGGAUCUAUGGGCACAACAUCCUUGGCAAAUUGCCAAGGCGUAUUUUCCUCCGGACGGAUAUACUGCAAAGAAUUCGGUGCAAGAAACAGACUUCAAUGGCAUCAUCAGUUUUAUGAUGAACUGUAAACACUUCGACAACAAGUUUUCAUUCCCUAUAUGUUCAGGACAAAGCAAUCCCCCAUGUCUACUGACAAAGGCGCGUGAGAUUGGCAGGACUGUACGUCAUUUGUCUCAGUGUAAACUCACAGAUGCAGAUCUCCAGGUCAUCUUCACAACACUGACUGACUUGCUGACUGACCCAACGUGUCUAGCACACAUUGUCGCAUCACAGGAGGCUGUGAACAAAUUAGUAAAGCUGCAACAUGACGUGUUGAAGAUAACCACGGAGGAAAUUAUCCAUUUACUAGAAGCUGUUCAAGAUAAACUAAAGAAAGUUGUUCAAGAUGAGCUUAAGGAAGUUUUUCAAGAUAAGGACAAGGAAGUUAUUCAAGAUAAAGUGAAGGAAGUUGAAAAUAUAGCCGAGAAGACGCUUCAAGAGAUAAGGGAGUCCAUUCAACGAUACAUGAAUGAUCUCAAGGAGCACAAUGACACAUGUAAACAGCAACUUGAUGAGCACACUAAAACAUGUGAAGUGAAACUGGAUGAACACACUGGAAAAUGUGAAGUGAAACUGGAUGAACACACUGGAAAAUGUAAAGUAAAACUGGAUGAACACUCACAAAAAUGUGAAGUGAAACUGGAUGAACACACUGAAAAAUGUGAAAUGAAACUGGAUGAACACACUGAACAACUUAAAAAUACACUUGAUGGGCAUUCUCGAAAGCAAUCAGAAUCAAACUAUGCGAAAUCAUGCGAAGAUUUCCUUCGACGUUUGAUUAAACAUUACAAGGACACAUCUAGCUAUGUGCCUCUUUCUCCUUUGGAUCAAAGUCUUGAUAAGUGUAUAACAGACAUAUACGCAACGCCUAAAAUACAUCGGAUCAAUAUAAAGAAAGAUGGUACACGAAAGAAAGCGGAACAAGUAAGUUUGUACAAUGAAAUAUUGUAUACAAACGAUCUUGCAAAUAGACAUAUUUACGUGCAAGGCGACCCCGGCUCCGGAAAGUCAACUUUUGCAGCUAAGUUAGUUCAUGAUUGGUGCAAUAAGCCUUUGAUGACUGCUCCGGAUGAAAAUACAGCUUUUGAUGACUUGAUGACAAUUGAAAAAUUCAAGUUCAUAUUUUUCAUCUCGUUGAGAGACGUAAUAGGACAGAAGGAUAUACGUCAGAUGAUUAGAGCCCAGCUCGUUGAUCGAAUGUAUUCCGAAGAUGAUCUUAAUGAUGUGCACAAACUUCUGAAAAAAAUUAUAGAGACUGAACAAUGUCUCGUAGUUCAGGAUGGCCUAGAUGAAUGGAUAGCUCCUGAUGGUUGUAACUUACCUGAACCUUCUUUGACAGGAUUACAACAGGACACGGUCACGGUUCUUACUACAGCUCGACCAUGGAAACUGGCUGAUGAACGUAUCAAAAAUUCUCAAAUCGACAUUCUAUUAGAGAUUGAGGGCAUACGCGAUCCGGAUAUGUUUUGUAAAAAAAUACUCGGGUGCAUAAUUGACGAGACUGAGGAUCUGGACAAAACUGUGAAAGAAUUUCAAACAUUCGUUGAAAUACGUGAACUUGAAUCGUUAUCAGCUUCACCCAUGUUGUACACGCUGGUUAUCUGUAUGUGGGUAGACACGACGAAAGAGGAGGAACAGUUAACAGGAUAUUCCUUGUGUGCGUUAUACACAAUUUGGCUCGAAACUCUUUGUAAAAAAGCGAACAGUACGACUGGUUAUUUUAAUGAUUUAAACCCUUCUCCUGUAGAGUGUUUUUCUAGGACAAGUUACCUACAGCCAAAUAUUGUACACUUAGAUAAGCUUGCAGCUGCAGCUUGUAAAUUGUUGUUCUCUUCUGAAAGAGAAACAUCUAUUGUUUUCAGUAACAUUACAUUGUCGAACUAUUUUUCUCAGGAAGAGUUCACAUUUUGUUUAUCAUUUGCUCUCAAGGCAGGAAUAUUAACAAACAGGAAAGAUAAAAGUCGGACCAGUAACUCGAACUCGUUCAUUCACAAAACUUUGCAAGAAUUCCUCGCAGCGUAUUAUAUCGCACGCAAUACACAUGUCAUUCAAGACGUAAUUGUCGGGUAUCUUAAUCGCUACUGCAAUUCCUAUCUCGAUAUAUCUCAAGUUUUUGUAUUCCUGUGUGGAAUUAACACUGUUGCUGCGAAUGAAUUGUCGGGUUUGAUGAACGAAUGCAACGUUGCUCAUGGCUAUGAUCCCUUUGAGACACAAUUCGGGCCCAGUGAAUUUCAGAUGAUAAUUGAGGAAGGAAUCAAGGAGGCUGCAGCCAGCAAACAGGAUGGCAUAUGCCCAACACUCAGUCAAUUUUACAUUUAUUACAACAACAUACAAGAUUUACAUCGCAUCUGGUCUACAAACACUGCCAACGUCCGGUCAUUGUAUCUGGGAAUCUAUGCCACCGAUAUUCAGUCAUUGCCUCUAGGAAGUUCACUUGCACGUGGUCAGCAAAAAUCACAUUUUGAGUUUAACCUGUCGUCGUGCCACAGACUGAAAGACUUGCGUUUAGAAGGAAGUGCUAUAUGGCUAAAAGAUCCUGCCAGUUUGGGCACAUCGGAUCUUCCGGUCUGGAUUUUUCUCAACAAUGCAGAGCCAUCACAAUGUGGAGACCCUCCUUCAGUACUGCCCUCCAUAGCAUACAUUAAACUGUCAUUUUUCAAAUGUUCCUCCUCCGGGCUACGAAGUCUGUUCAGCACGCUGCUAACUCUCGACCAUGAGGUGAAGUGUACUCUUGAGGAUUGUGUCAUAACAUCUUCUGUCGGAAGAUCAUCUAUAUGCACAAAGGCAACAAUAAGGACGGGUUUAAACAAAACAUUCCACAUAGGCAAUGUUAUGAGUGGCCCCGGUUUUUGGGAGGCUCUACAUGGUCUGAAUAUCAAGUGUCUGGAUAUCAAUGGACUGAAUGCUGACUGUAUUGAACACGGUUCAGAGUCCUUGUUUAAGUCUCUAAAAUCGCUCAUACAGCUGGACACGCUUAGUAUAAGCGCGAAGGAAUUCCAUCCCUCUUUGUGGAAGGCUCUACAUGGUCUGAAUAUCAAGUGUCUGGAUAUCAAUGGACUGAAUGCUGACUCGAUGGAAGUAGGUUCAGAGUCUUUGUUAAAGUCUCUAAAAUCGCUCAUACAGCUGGACACGCUUAGUAUAAGCGCGAAGGAAUUCCAUCCCACUUUGAUGAAGACCCUGUACAUUCUGAAUAUCAAAACUGUAACUCUCAGUUUAAUUGGUAGAUGUCCUAGUCGUCUGAUAAGAAAGUAUGCAUCGCGGAUUUCGCAGGAACCAACAUCGCCCACACAAAUGGACACACUUUAUAUAGCCAUGAAUUCCAAUACCGGUCUGUUAGAUGCUCUUUAUGAUCUGAUUGAAACCACCCUCAGUCUGUGUGGAAAUGGAGAAAAUGUAACAGUGAAUCGUGUAUCGGCAGAGUGUAAGUCACUCGAGACGCUAAAACAGCCUGAUCCUGCCAGUUUGGGAACAUCGGAUACUUCGGUCUUGAUUGUUCUCAACAAUGCAGAAUGGGGAAACCCUUCUAAAGUACUGCCCUCCAUAGCAUACAUUAAACUGUCAUUUUUCAAAUGUUACUCCUCCGGGCUACGAAGUCUGUUCAGGACGCUGCUAACUCUCGACCAUGAGGUGAAGUGUACUCUUGAGGAUUGUGUCAUAACAUCUUCUGUCGGAAGAUCAUCUAUAUGCACAAAGGCAACAAUAAGGACGGGUUUAAACAAAACAUUCCACAUAGGCAAUGUUAUGAUUGGCCCCGGUUUUUGGGAGGCUCUACAUGGUCUGAAUAUCAAGUGUCUGGAUAUCAAUGGACUGAAUGCUGACUGUAUGGAACACGGUUCAGAGUCUUUGUUUAGGUCUCUAAAAUCGCUCAUAAAGCUGGACACGCUUAGUAUAAGCGCGAAGGAAUUCCAUCCCUCUUUGUGGAAGGCUCUACAUGGUCUGAAUAUCAAGUGUCUGAAUAUCAAUGGACUGGAUGCUGACUGUACGGAACACGGUUUAGAGUCUUUGUUUCAGUCUCUAAAAUCACUCGUACAACUGGACACGCUUAGUAUACGCGCGAAGGAAUUCCAUCCCACUUUGUGGAAGGCUCUACAUGGUCUGAAUAUCAAAUGUCUGAAUAUCAAGUGUCUGAAUAUCAAUGGACUGAAUGCUGCCUGUAUGGAAGAAGGUUCAGAGUCUUUGUUUCAGUCUCUAAAAUCACUCGUACAACUGGACACGUUAACUAUAAGCGCGAAGGAAUUCCAUCCCACUUUGUGGAAGGCUCUACAUGGUCUGAAUAUCAAGUGUCUGAAUAUCAAGUGUCUGAAUAUCAAUGGGCUGGAUGCUGACUGUAUGGAACACGGUUUAGAGUCUUUGUUUCAGUCUCUAAAAUCACUCGUACAACUGGACACGCUUAGUAUAAGCGCGAAGAAAUUCCAUCCCACUUUGUGGAAGGCUCUAUAUGGUCUGAAUAUCAAAUGUCUGAAUAUCAAGUGUCUGAAUAUCAAUGGACUGAAUGCUGCCUGUAUGGAAGAAGGUUCAGAGUCUUUGUUUCUGUCUCUAAAAUCACUCGUACAACUGGACACGUUAACUAUAAGCGCGAAGGAAUUCCAUCCCACUUUGUGGAAGGCUCUACAUGGUCUGAAUAUCAAGUGUCUGAAUAUCAAGUGUCUGAAUAUCAAUGGGCUGGAUGCUGACUGUAUGGAACACGGUUUAGAGUCUUUGUUUCAGUCUCUAAAAUCACUCGUACAACUGGACACGCUUAGUAUACGCGCGAAGGAAUUCCAUCCCACUUUGUGGAAGGCUCUACAUGGUCUGAAUAUCAAAUGUCUGAAUAUCAAGUGUCGGAAUAUCAAUGGACUGAAUGCUGCCUGUAUGGAAGAAGGUUCAGAGUCUUUGUUUCAGUCUCUUAAAUCACUCGUACAACUGGACACGUUAACUAUAAGCGCGAAGGAAUUCCAUCCCACUUUGUGGAAGGCUCUAUAUGGUCUGAAUAUCAAAUGUCUGAAUAUCAAGUGUCGGAAUAUCAAUGGACUGAAUGCUGCCUGUAUGGAAGAAGGUUCAGAGUCUUUGUUUCAGUCUCUUAAAUCACUCGUACAACUGGACACGUUAACUAUAAGCGCGAAGGAAUUCCAUCCCACUUUGUGGAAGGCUCUACAUGGUCUGAAUAUCAAGCAUCUAAAUAUCAAGUGUCUGAAUAUCAAUAGACUGAAUGCUGCCUAUAUGGGACAAGGUUCAAGGCUCAAGGUGGAAGAAUCUGUAAAAUCUGUACAUCAAAAUUGUAAAUCUCAGUCUAAAUGGUAGAUGUAGUAGUCGUCUAAGAGUAAAUACAUCGCCCUCACAAAGGGACACAACAUAUUAUAAUCUUGCGAAGCCCCAUCUUGAUCUGUUAGAGAGUCUUUUUUGUCUGAAAAAAAAGAGCUUCAGUCUCUAUGAAAGUAGAGAACAUGAGCUAGUGGAUCGUAUAUUGAAAUGGUAUAAGUCAGACUUGCCGCUUGGUAAGCAUGUUGUUCUCGUGAACACGGACAGAUUUGACGUUAAGGGCUUCCAUUUCGAGAGGCUUAGAGGAUGUGUAUUGAUAGGUAUUAAAGAGAAUCAUGAUUCGGCAGAUUCGGCAUCGAAACAGUUCCUAGCAUCGCUCAGAACGGUUUUGAAGUCCCGGUCUACGGGUGGCUUUACAUGUAAGAUGUAAGUUGACAUUUAAUAAUGUAUACUCGUUAUCGUGUCACGAUCGUCGUUCAUACAGCUAGAAUUACUUGGUAUUAGCCCUGUCCCACUCACACGCAAAGUGAAAAGGGCUAUGCGCAAACAGCAUAAAACCGGAACAGCCUGCGAGUAACUAAGUCUGUUCAGGUUUUAUGUUGUUUGCUGCUAAUUCGUAACUUUGGGUUGGAAAUGAAGCCAUUUAAAACUUGAAUUUAGUAAGAAAGGUAUUUAAAUAAAAUUAACUUUCUAUGGGACUACACAUGCGACAAAAUUCGUAUCUAAGAGAUAAAGGGUUAAAGAGCCAGGAGACAGAUCCGAUCUAUGGGUGGCUCUUCGUGGCCUGAAUAUUACAUUUCUGAGUCUGGAUGGUGUGGGAAGCAAUGUCGUAGGGAAUUAUGUAGUGUUUAUGUCGACAUGGCUAACAGAACUGGAAACCAUUAGUAUCAAACAGUUACUCUCAUCGUUCACACAGUUAGAAACGCUUAGAAUUAAAAUGCUUGAAGGCUUCCAAUGACUUUUGGGGGCUCUAUGUGAUCUGGAUAUUGAGUUGAAUCUGACUUAUUUGCGUGGAGGUUUGAGAUUUGUGAUAGUUAAACAAUGGUUAGAUCUAUAAGUAUUCUAGCACGUACAUCUGGAAACGCUAACACUAUGUUUGCAAUUAGGAACAAUUAGGAAAUCCGUUACCGCUGCCUCCUUCAGUGAAGUAUUUAAAUAUCUUCAUUCAUGAAUUUAUUCCGCUAUAUUUAUUCCAAAUUGUACAACUUGUCUGCAUUCACUCAGACAGUUGAGAUCAAGCUGGAAUUCGGUUGUGAUGUUGUGUCACUAUUUAAUAAAGUAUUACAUUGUCAUCCAAAAGGAACUGGAGACUCUGGAAAAUAUUAAAGUAACACGAUUACUGACAUUUAACGUUGAAAAAAAAUACAAAUUGGUAUUGAAUGACGUGUUAAGAACUUUAUUGUUGACGUUGAUGGCAAUCAUGGUGAUAUUGUCGGUGAUGAUGAGCUUUAUAAACAAUUCAUAGGUAGUGUGGCUUAGUUGAAUAGCAUUUCUAUUAGACUUCAUAUUAAUAAAGAUCCAGUUUCGAUCUAGCAUAAAUAAAAAACGUUUAAAAUGCUUCCGACUGCUAAGCAUAAUAAUAUAACAAUAAUAUGUUUUUUUAGUGCCAAAAACUGUUUGAGUUGCUGUGUAAUUGAAUCGAAUGCAUCUAACUGAAUUAUUAUUUGUUUCAUGAUAACAAUAAAAAUGUAUUCUCAG